AUGUCAGAGACAGCUCUGAGAGAUCUCAACGCCAUACCUGGAUCUGAGAAGAAGAAUGAAAGCUCUAGCAAAGGGAGCAUAACUAAGCCCUUAGCUGGGAAUGCUAAUGAAAAUCAGGAAGAAUGCCAGAAGAAAGCCACUGCUGCUUUGGGUGCACUUUCUAUAAAUGGUGCCGAAGUUGCGAAUACUGGUGUUGAGGUUGGAAUUGCAGAAGUAGAAUACAUUGAGUCAGAGAAUCUGAAUGAUCUAGAGGAUGUUGAUACAAGUCUCAAGACACUCGUAACUGGACUAGAAUCUAAAGAUUGGGUUCUGCUGUGUGAAGCACUCAAUAAUGUGCGUCGGUUUUCUAUAUUUCAUAAGGAAGCCAUGCUUGAUAUGUUGGGAGAUGUGAUCUCACUGGUGGUAAGGUCUCUGAAAAAUCCAAGAAGUGCUGUUUGCAAAACUGCAAUUAUGACAUCUGCAGAUAUUUUCAAUGCUUACAACGAUCUUGUAGUUGAUUCAUUGGACCCUCUGCUUCUACAACUGCUUCUUAAGUCUUCACAAGACAAACGAUUUGUAUGUGAAGCAGCCGAGAGAGCUUUAGUAGCGAUGACCACUUGGGUUUCCCCUCCAUUGCUGUUACCAAAGUUGCAACCGUAUCUGAAGAACAAAAAUCCUAGAGUUCGAGCAAAGGCAUCAAUGUGCUUUUGCCGAAGUGUUCCACGACUGGGCGUUGAAGGCAUCAAAGCUUAUGGGAUUGACAAAUUCAUUCAGACAGCUGCAUCACAGCUUAGUGACCAGCUUCCGGAGUCUAGGGAGGCUGCUCGAAUUCUCCUCCUGGAGCUGCAAACUGUUUAUGAGAAAUUUAAUGAUCUCACUCCAGCAUCAGUAUCUGAGCAUCCAGAACCGAGCUCUUGGGAGAACUUUUGUCAAUCAAAACUCUCGCCUCUUAGUGCACAAGCUGUUCUUCGGGUUACCAAUAUCUCUCGGGAAGGUCUCGUUAUGGGCUCCUGA